UACAAUGUAUCUAGUAAAUAUAUUUGCCCUAAGGAAAAAUAUCUUGUUAAUCUUACGUUAACAUGUGCUAAGUCCUACGAGCAAUUGCGACAUCUUCAAGAAUCAAUGAUCGUCAAUAAAUUUUUCCAUGUUUAAGAAAAACUUGUAUAGAAGAUGUCAAAGCGGCCAAUGAGAACAAAGAUUUUAGAAAUAGCACGUAGUACUAUUUCAUGCAAACGUAUAUUCGUUGUUAUACUAAUCACGGAUCAUGUUUCAAACGCUACAUGAAUCACACAGAUGCUACAAAAUCAACGAAACACAACGAAACAAUGAAAAUUUGAUAUUGUGAAGAAACGUUGUGUUACCAAUACAUGCUUUACUUACAACGCGUUUCAUUUUUUUAUACGUUAUCGAUGGAUGAUGAUUGCAAAACAUUUCAUGUAAUCUUUAUUUAUCCUGAUUACAAUAUAUAAUCAAAUAUCUUAUGCGACGAAGCAAUCAUCGGUUAUUUAUUUCUUGAGCUAGCAAUGUUUUGUUCGUGUUGUAAAAUUAAUUGUGGUUGUAAUAAAAUGUCUACGCCUCGUAUAUUCUUGUAAAAAUAAAAAAGAACAAGAAUUUAUUACGGUAAAUCGAAUACAAUGGCAACGUUCGAGAUAGAUAAAAGAUUAUUGGAAGUUUUAGAAGUUUUUCUCUUACCUAAUUAUAACAUUACCUCCGUAACUUAUGUUGAUCUUCUAUUGACUCAUAUAAGAGAAAAUAUAAGGAAACAAUCUUUAAAAGAUCAGCAACAUUCUGAAGUUCUUCAAAAAUGGGUGAUACAAGCUCUAAAUACAUGGGAUUCUAAUUGUAAGCCAUCUCGACCUGUAAUAAUAUUUACAUUAAAACUCGUGGGCUUAGUUGCCUCCAAUGAAUUAGAUUUUCACCGGUGGCAAUGUCACGAUGUAUAUAAUAAACUUUGCACUAUCAUCCAACCUUCUAAUGAAGAUUUACCUGCAUCGAUUAAAAUUGCUUAUAUACAAAUGCUCUCAGAUUUAAUUAAACAUAGAAGCGGUAGAGAAUGGAUAUUUGAGUCAGGUGUCUGGAAAGAUAUUGUAAAGUGUGCUCAUAGAAAUUACACAAUGUAUAUUACUCAUGAGAGUCAGAAGUUUUUAUGGACUCUUCUUUCACAUGAACAACAGAAUAUAAAUAUUUGUACAGAAAUUAUAUCUGCAAUAACUGAUCCAUUAAUAAAUAAUACUUUUAAUCCUCAAAUACAUCAAACUUUAGAGGAAAGUUAUUUGGAUGAAAACAAAUUAUUAUGUACCACUUUAGAUUUAGUGACAAGCAUUUUUGAAAAUACAUUGUUUGUAAGCAUGGAUAGUAAAAUCCCAGAGUUAUUUGAAGAACUCUUCAAUUUAGAAAUGAGAGUAAAAGCUCUCUUCGAAGCAUGCAUCGGUACUAAAUUUCUUCAGCAUGUACAUAAAUUAUUAUUAUUAUUACUUUUUUUAAAAUUAAAACGUGGAAUUAUAAGUAACACUAAGAUUAUAGACAAUGAUGUAUGGCAAAAAUUUAGUUAUGGUAUGUGUUAUAUAUCAAUGAUGCUACUAUCAAAAAAAUAUAUAGUGGAACUUAUAAAAACAAAUAAGUUUUUAAUGAUAUAUUGGAAAAAAUUGCGUAUGCUAUGUGAGUUUACUCUGCCGGAACAACAUAAAUUUGAACAUCAAGCAAUAGUACUGAUGAUUUUACCACUCUGUAUAUGUGUUAGGAAAGAUCAUGUACAUCAUGAAUUAUUUGAUAUGUUCAUUAACAAAAUUUUUGAUGUAACAUGCAUGCCUGUGCAAAGACUAUUGUAUAAUGUAAGAGAUGUAAUAUGGAAAAGUGAUUUACCAUUAGAACAUAUUUGUAAAGUAUCAAUUGAUUUACUUUUAGAGAUAAUAAACAUCAUGGAUAGGGAUGUAGCAGUUAUUACAUUUCAAACACUAUGUCAUAUUUUGAAAAAUUAUCUGCCAGAUUUAAGAGAUGGGACGAAAAAUUGUUCGUCUUCAGAAUCUAGUAAAACAGGACUCCCAGAUAAUUCAAGGAAAAUAAUUUAUAAGUCAAUAUUAGAAGGUGACCCAAUAGUUGAUAAUCCUAUUUUAUUGGCAUCUCUUCUUAAUGGUCUUGCCAUUAUGACGGAAAAGUUUAAAUUAAAGUGGCAAGAAUGUGUUGAAACUAUAUGUUUAUUAUCUCUCGCACAAGGAAUUUUAAAUCAUCCAGGUAUUUUACCCAUGCUUUGUGUGAAAGCAUUAAAAGUAUGUAAAUUGGCUAUUCAAAACUUUAUGCCACCAAAUCUGGCAUUACUCAUAGAUUCAGAUAGUCACAUGAAUGAAAUUGGUCCAACUUUAUAUAAAAGAUUACAUGAUCCCAAUUGGGAAGUCAGAGACAGUGUAUUAGAAGUACUAAAUACUAUUGCAAUAAUUUCAGAAGAUAAAUAUCCAGCAUUUCAAGAUUUUUUACUUUCUAACCAGUUCUUACAAUUGGCAAUUGAUAUUGCACUAACGGAUGGAGAAAGCUAUGUACGAGCAUCUGCUCUAAUUUUUAUUUCAUCUACUGUUCGUAUAAAUAAAUUGUGGGAUGAAAAGUUAUCUUUCUUUGAUUUUCCCGAUAUAAUUAUAAAAUUAUUCAAUAAAGAAACUGAAGGUAUAGUUCGAAGAGAGGCCGUGGUUUUAAUUAAAGAAUUAUAUAUUUAUAGAAAGUGGUUGAAAAGUACUAUCAAUUAUAUAUUAGAAGUUAUGUCUGUGGCAGCCAUUUUCGAUUUACAUUGGGAAGUUAAAAUAAGUGCAUUAGAAUUUUGGAAACAUUUUAUCAAAUCUCAUUUAAGUGAUCAAGGAAUGUUAGAUGGAUCAUUUCCAAAUGUAACAUUUUCUAAAGAACAAAGAAAAAUAGUCGCAUUGGAUGAAAAUGAAAUAAAACGUAGAUUAAAUAAAGCAUUAGAUGAGCUUGCAAGGCAAAAUUGUCUAGGUGUUUUGUUAGUCACUUUAAAAGAUGAUAGCGAUUUUGAAGUCUGUAAAGCUUCAGCUAUGAUUAUAAACAAAUUAAAAACAUUUUUAUUAAAAUAUAAAUUUCAUGAUUCAUUACUUGAAGUAUCUUUACCAAAGGAUAGUGCUGUUAUAGAUAAUUCAUACGUAAAACAUAUACUAGAUACAUCAGUAAUUCAAUCAAAGGAAGAAGCAACUAAUUCUCAUAACAUCAUUGAUGAAAUUGUAAAUACAAAUGAUGCAAUGCUCUUAGCUACUGUUUAUAAUAAUUCUCAAGGAAAAGAUUAUGAAAAUACAGAAAAGAAAAUGCUUAAAUACAUUUCUCAUAUAACUAAACAGGAUUUUUUGGAUGUCAUAUUUAAUUUCGAUAUUGAUGCUUAUAUCGAAGAGAAAAGUCGAUGGUUAAAAGGAUAUACCAACAGUUUUGAAUCUGUUUUAGAUGACAUCUUGACAAUGCAUAAACAAGGAGAUGUAAACUCAAUGGACUGCUAUUGAAUGCACAAAGCCUUAUUGCAAGUGCCUUCACAAAUUAUACAAGAUGAAAUGUCUUCUAUUAACCUAUUUCUGAGAUCAGUAAUUCUCUGUAGUGUGUAAUUUAUAAAAACAAACUAAAAAAUAGUAUAUAGUUCGUUUAUAAAAAACUAAAAUUACAUUGCACAUCCAUACCCACACAUACAUAUUGUGGCCUAAUAAAAGAUAUCCACCUGGAUAAUUAUGAAAUCCAAUAAUGUUUUUGUAAAAACGUCGGGACAAAUUAUUUUUGUUUUCGAGAGGGAUAUCAUUUCAAGAGGUCCUUAUCAUAAAUUCACCCAUUUUGGACUUAUCCCCUAAGGGAAUUGACAAUCCUCUCAAAAAUUAUAAAUGACAACAGGGUUCAAGUGAUAUAUCAUUUGAAAGAAAUAAAACAUUUGAAACUUUA